GUGAUUGACAGACGGACUGGAGUCAUGAUGAACUUUCGGUUUGCUUCUCGCCGUCUCAAAUAUGUUUUAAGUCACUAAACAACGAUGUCCGACAUACUGAUGAAGGAAAUGGAGAGUUUAUCGAUCAGUCCAAUGAAGCCAGAGGAGCGUCCAGACGAUGUCCGGAGCUUCCUGCUGGUGGAUGAACAGGAAAACCUGCAGGUCCGUGAUGAGUCUGAGUUUGUGGACAGACUCGGGUGUGGGGAUGUUGCAGGUGUCAAGGUCGUCUCCAUUUUUGGCAACACCGGCGACGGGAAGUCCCACACCCUCAACCACAUCCUAUUCGAUGGCGAGAGUGUGUUCUACACCUCAAAGUCCCCCAGCUCCUGUACGGUGGGAGUCUGGGCUGCCUACAACCCCACCCUCAGCCUGGUCGCCCUGGAUACUGAGGGCCUCUUGGGAGCUGCAGUCAACCAGAACCAGAGAAUGCGGCUGCUGCUGAAGGUAUUGGCAGUGUCUGAUAUUGUAGUCUAUCGUACACGAGCCGAACGCCUCCACAACGACAUGUUCCAGUUCCUGAGCAGCGCCUCUGGGGCCUACCUGAAGCACUUCACCCCGGAGCUCAGGGCCCUUUCCAGCCGCUGUGGUCUGGAUGUGCCCCUCUCUUCUCUCGGGCCUGCUGUCAUCGUCUUCCAAGAGACAACACACACUCAGUUGUUGGGUCAUGACUCCAAAAUGGCCGGCCAAGCCGACACACUGCUCCAGAAGCGUUUUCACGACCUGGGCUUGAGCACAGAGGCCUUCAGCUCGGUGCAGUACGUAGGCACCCAGACGAUCAGGCCUCCCACAAACUACAACAGUCUGCUGCAGGCUGUCAAGCAGCAAGUGAAGAACACUCACACACGCUCCCCCCGCCAGCCUGGGAUAGUGUUUCACGCGCUAGAAGCCCUGAGUGAGCGUUUCUGUGGGGAACUGUCUGAUGACAAGAUGACCAUGUACUCCUUCUUCCCAGACGAGUACUUCACCUGCUCUGCUGUCUGCCUCAGCUGCAACAUACGCUGUAAAAAUGGAAUGAACCAUCUGAGAGACAGGGUUCCUCACAUGGCAGAUGGGCUCUGCCAGUAUGCACACCAGUACAACAACAAGGUCCUCAUCUGUAAACGGUGCUAUGAAGGAGGCAGAGAGGUGAUUGUUGUGCCCAAGACGUCAGCUUCCUCUGACAACCCAUGGUUUGGGCUGGCCAAGUAUGCCUGGUCAGGUUAUGUGUUGGAGUGUGCUAGCUGUGGUGUAAUCUACCGCAGCAGACAGUACUGGAUGGGAAACCAGGACCCUGAGAGCAGUGUGGUGCGAUCUGAGGUCAAGCAUGUCUGGGAGGGGUCGGACACCUUCCUGACCAACCACCAGAACGCCGCCCAGAGGGUCCUGGAUGGGAUGAACUACGUGAUUCAGUCAGUGUCGGAGUACAGCACCGGCCCCACCAAAGCUGUCACUGCCUGGCUCACUGACCAGGUGGCACCCCCCUACUGGAGACCCAACACAGAGAUCACAGAGUGUCAUGGGUGUCAGAGGGUGUUUGAGGAGGCAGAGAGGAAGCACCACUGUCGAUCUUGUGGCGAGGGUUUCUGCCAUCCCUGCUCCAGCCACAGGAUGCCGGUGCCAGAGAGGGGUUGGGGUAAUGGCCCUGUCAGGGUGUGUAAGGCCUGCUACCGCCAGGGAGGCCCGCCUGACACUAACAGUCAGGUGUGCAAGGUGGAGCCUCGUGGUCUAAUAGCUCGCAGGGUGACGGAGGUGGCUCAGUCUACACUGGACAUGGUCACCACAGCUGUGGACUAUCCUCUCUGUUUUGUGAAGGACGUGGCUCGGCCAGACUACUGGGUGCCAGACCAGGACAUCACCCAGUGUCACCAGUGCUCCAAAACCUUCACUUCAGUCAUGUCCAAACACCACUGUCGGGCCUGCGGACAGGGCGUGUGCGGACCCUGCUCCACACACAUCAAGCCUGUGCCUUCCCGAGGCUGGGACCAUCCAGUCAGAGUGUGCGACAGCUGCCACGCCCGCACAGACAGUCUGUGAUUUUUACAACCAGGAGAACUUCUCAAAAAGUGCACUCAGUCUCUCUCUGUUGGUCCACAAAAACACUGUGAAUCCUGGCGCUGCUGCUCCAAGAGAGCAAGGGGGAACAACUUAACAGCACUAAAUGGUAAAACUGGAACCAGCCUUGUAUUUGUGUGAAAAGACGAUCAACACCUGGAUUCCAGACGUUUAUCAGCGCUGACCCAGGAUCUGUUUUCCAUCUCAUCUGCCCUCCGUGACCAACAUGACUCUGCAUCACUUAAGUCACUACAGCUCCAGUCAAACUGCUUCAAGUCUGACUGGACAAAUGGAAAUCUGUUUUUGACUGACUGGUGGUAAUUUUGAAAAUGAAGACACGCAACUCCCCUCAGUUCUUAUUACAACUGAACAGCCUGAGUUCUUCCUCCUGCCUGCUCUUCUUUGUUAAUUCAUCUGUGUUUGCACAGCUCUGCAGCAGGCUGCCUAUUCUCAAUCUGAAGAUUUUUUUCCCUAAAAAUGACAGGACAAGUAAAAGAGAUGCACUGGGAAUAGUGGUAUUUGGUUUAAAGGAUUUUUAACCCUCUCUAUUUUAAAGACUAUCAAGCCAUCACAACCACUUGCAUUGUCUCUCAACUAUUUUGUAAAGGCUUCAGAAGUGAAGUGAAGUGAUUUUUUCUUCUCACAGUCGUCUUCUGAACCAUCUGACUGACUUGCGGAGCCCGGCGAGGAGGGGCAUGAAAAAUAUGGACGGUAGAAGAGCCAGAGCAGUUAAGACCUUUGUUAAAGGUGUAGCUUAGCGUGUAUCUGCAUCACUCAGGGCAGAACAAAUAAACAAGAGCUACAGGAGCGUGUGCCUUCAUGGGAAUAUGGAUUCCCAUCUCUGUAGCUCCUACACUUUGUUUUUUGGGACCCCCCCCCCCCCGUAUGUGCAAGGACUAAUGAGAUUAUUCGUGCCUAAAUAGAGCUUUGUAAUUUAUAGCCUUGCUCCUCUAAUUCCUACAGUUGUAUCUACAAUAUGAUGAAAUGGAAUGGAAGAUGAUAUUUGUAGCAUAACACAUUAUAGACAUUCCAGUAUAUGGAAAUACCUGUGUAUUGAUGUAGAUUUACCUUUCUGAGGUCAUUAUAAUAAGUGGGCGAUGUAUUGAGCCACUGAUGCUUCAGAAAGAUUUCUAAAUAUAAUGAAAACAGCUGCACUAGACUGGACUAUUGAGUUGUUUUGACUUUUUUUUUAAAAAAGGUAUUCAUAUGAAAUUACUUGCAAUGUAAAGUACAAAUUACAUACACAUUCUUGGAAAUUACACUUUGUUUCAAAGGGAGUUUCUCUGUGUAACAUACUGGAUGCAUUAAUGCUGCUUUUCUCUCUCUGUGUAGAAAUAACCAUUUCAAGUUUAAAGAUGUUUUCCGGUGAAAUUCAGCAACUGACAAUCUUACAUUUGUUUCCUUAAUAAAUCAGGCACAUCCAAAUAAAGAAAAUCAA